UCUCUCCUCUUCGACUCUCUCCGCAAGAAAGAAAAGGGAAACCAAAACAAAAGCCGCCGUGACGAAGCAGAUCGAAGCAUCGCGCCCGAGCCAAACCUAAAUCCCUCGGAGAGAGAGAGAGAUAGAGAGGAGGAAAAAAUCAAAUCUUUUUGAGGAAGAAAUCAUGGCGUGGCAGCAACCCAUGGACGGAUCCCACGCGAGCGGGAGCAAGGCGGCGGCGGCGGUGGCGGAUGGCCCGGGAACCCAGAGGACGCAGUAUCCUUAUGUGACUGGCUCAUCAAUUAUUGCACUGAAAUACAAGGAUGGUGUCAUCAUGGCAUCCGACACUGGAGCCUCAUAUGGCUCAACUUUGCGAUACAAGAGCGUGGAGCGCAUUAAGGCUGUUGGUAAGCAUAGCCUUAUUGGAGCAAGUGGGGAGUUCAGUGAUUUCCAGGAGAUUUUGCGCUAUUUGGAUGAAUUAACCCUGUCCGAUCAUAUGUGGGAUGAUGGAAACUCCUUGGGUCCCAAGGAGGUCCAUAGCUACCUGACGAGAGUGAUGUACAACAGGCGCAACAAGUUUGAUCCCCUCUGGAACUCCCUUGUAAUUGGUGGGGUGAAAAAGGGUCCAAAGGGUGAAGAGAAAUAUCUUGGCAUGGUUAACAUGAUUGGUACACACUUUGAGGAAAACCACAUUGCCACUGGGUUUGGGAACCAUAUGGCAAUCCCAAUACUUCGUACUGAAUGGCGCGAGGACAUGACAUUUGAGGAAGCUGUCAAGCUUGUUGAGAAGUGCUUGCUUGUCCUGCUGUACCGUGACCGAUCAUCUAUUAACAAGUUCCAGAUUGCCAAGAUCACAACUGAGGGAGCGACCAUCUACCCGCCAUACUCAUUGAAGACUUACUGGGGCUUCGCUGCCUUUGAAAAUCCGGCCCAGGGUGCUGUAGGAUCAUGGUAGAUUUAUUUAUGCUGCAGAGGCUGAAUGUCAGGCCAUGAACCAGGAUGAAGAAACAGGCUCUGUUGCUGAGAGGCCUUGUGAAAUGUUUUAUCUGAACAUCAAUGAAACUCCAGAUUUGCUUUGUAUGACAUUCUGAUCGUGCAACUUAGAUUUCUACCUUCUGUGGCCGUUAAGCCUGGAACUAUAUUAUAUAUGAUGAAAGUCUGUUUUGUUUCGAA